AGCUAGCUCCGAUCUCUAUAGGCGAAUUGAAUAUCACUUGCGCGUCAAUCGAGUGCGAUAUCGUGGUAUAGAGCGCAAUAACAAAAACUACCGAGAUGAGUAUACAAGAUACAAAAAGAUAAUACAUAGCCGUCGUAGUGGUAAUUUACAAGUACGUCCUCCAAGCAAUGAUGCAGCUGUAAUGAAUGCUCAGUUCGAAUCGAGAAGCCUUGAGGUAAGCACGAAUCAUGGAGUACACGACGCUGGCUCUGCUGGCGGUGUUAGCGUACGCGGUCUACCGAUACCUGCGCAAACGAUGCGACUACUUCGAGGAUCUGGGACUGCCCUACGUCCCGGCGCUGCCGCUUUUCGGGAACAUGGGCAACUUGGUCUUCGGUCGAAAACACAUCGUGCAUGUCAUCCAGGAUAUUUACAACUACAUGCCCGAGGCCAAGUACCUGGGAGCCUUCGAUUUUACCAGACCGGUCAUCGUCGUCAGAGACCCGGAGCUGAUCAAGGAUAUCACCAUCAAGCACUUCAACAACUUCACGGAUCACCAGGGCUUCGUGGACGUGUCCGUGGACCCCAUGUUCGGCGGCAACCUCUUCAGUAUGGCCGGGGACCAGUGGAAGGAAGCCCGAACCCUGCUCAGUCCUGCCUUCACUUCGAGCAAGAUGAAGGCCAUGUACGGGCUGAUGGUCAAGAGCGUCGAGAACUUGGUCGCGCACGUGGAAAAGCUCCACAAGGAGGACCCUAAACGCAAGUUCGCAACCAAGGACUUGAUGACAAAGUACACGAACGACGUGAUCGCGACCUGCGCCUUCGGCAUCGAGGUGAACUCCCUCGAGGACCCGACCAAUCAGUUCUACGUCUUGGGCAGGAAGGCGACAGAUUUCGAGGGACUGCUCUCCCUCAAGUUCUCCUUGAACAGAGCUUUCCCCAAGCUCAUGAAGUUGCUAAGGGUGAAAAUCGUCACCGACAAGGUGGCCAGGUUCUUCAAGGACGUAGUCAGGAGAACCGUGGAGAUGAGGGACGCCGAGAACAUCAGCAGGCCCGACAUGAUUCAGCUGAUGAUGGACGCGAGAGGCAAAACGAGCGAGAACCUCAAGCUGGACAUCACUCAGAUGACGGCCCAAGCGUUCGUCUUCUUCUUCGGCGGCUUCGACACGACCUCCACCCAGAUGUGCAUCAUCUCCCACGAGUUGAUAAUCAACCCCGACAUCCAGUCCCGUCUCCAAGCGGAGAUCGACGAGGUACUCGAGCGCACAAGGGGCAAACCCACCUACGACGACAUCAACUCGAUGCCCUAUUUGGACGCCGUCUACAACGAGUCGAUGCGCUGCCAUCCUCAGGCCAACGUCAUCGACAGAGUCUGCAUCAAAGCCUUCGAGUUGCCUCCGGCCCUUCCCGGCGCUAAGCCCUUCGUCAUCCGGCCGGGCAUGAACAUCUGGGUGCCCGUCGCGGGAAUCCACUACGACGAGCAGUUUCAUCGAGAUCCCUGGAACUUCGAUCCUGACAGAUACCUCAACAAGAAGGUCACGAUCAGCGAAGUCGAGAACGUGGGAUUCGGCAUAGGUCCUAGGAGUUGCAUCGGCAACAGGUUCGCCAUUCUCGAGACCAAGAUUCUCUUCUUUCAUUUGCUGGCCAAGUUCAGUCUCAGGCCGAACGAGAAGACUUGCAAGAACUUCGAGUACAGUAAGAAUAAUAUCAGUAUCAUGCCCAAGGGCGGCUACUGGUGCAGCUUCGAAUCGCGAGCUUGAAAACAACUUUGCUAGAAUUGUACAUACUGCGUUUCUAUCGGCGAAUGAUAAGAUUAGCUGAAGUGUUGUUGUAUUGAAACGUUGCAUUUGAAAAAAGUGAUACCGAAAAGUGAAGUAAGUAUUUUGCAACGAUAUAACAUUCUAAACCAGUA